AAUAUCAACGACCACUUUAAAUCGAUGGGUAUGCUAGGUUGAAUAUAUAGCAUGCAGUAUGUCAUCAACAGAAAACGCUGAAGAUGGAGGAGAAGAGUAUGAACGGGUAGACGUUCGAAGUCGAAUCGCAGCAUUGAAUGGCCAGAAUCGCACAGCCAAAGCGCCAACAUCUUCUCCGAAGAAUGACAAGGAUGUGAUAAAAGUAGAUGACACUCAAAACAGGCCUGAAGAGAGUAGUCCUCCAAGUAUAGAUGUUAAAAGCUUGAGUGCUUUGUACGGCGGCAAGCAAGGUGCAAGUGCGGCAAAGAAAGAUUCUACCAGUGCUGUCCCAAAGGAAAGGAAAGAGCCAAAGCCAGCAGAUGAUGUAAAACAGGUCGAAUCUUACAAACCACCUACAAUUCCGUCUCGACCUGUAACUCAAACCAAGAAUGGAGUGCCUCCACAGCCACCUGCUCGUCCGCAAGGCUCAAGCGAUACAAGUGGUCCACCUCAGCUACCUCCUCGUCUGAAAGAAGGCACCACUUCACGAUCUAGUACGCCCACUUCGAUCAUUUCAGAAAGCGGAGCCGCAGAUAGCCCUUUACCAUACGUGCCACGUAGACCAACAGCAGCCGGACGUCAGGCUAUGCUACCCGCUGGACGAUCAACAGAUGAAAUCACUGAAAAGGUUCCGUAUGCCACACGAGAGAAACCUGCAAGGAAAGGAAUGACAAUCAGCUCAAGUUCUGGAAGUUUAGAUACGGGCAAAAUUGCACCAACUCUUCCUCCUCGUAUGCCACUGCCAAAAUCAGCAGAUGCAGCUCAAAAGAACUUUCCUGCUUCCAAUGUGUCCAAAUUGUCAUUAUCGCCAAAUCAUAGACAACAAACUCAAUCCCAAACGGCUCGCAGAACAUCUGGACCAGUUGCGCCUCCACCACGCCAUGUCAACACAAUUCGAGCACCUCCAAAGGUAGCAGCAAGAGCAGGUCAGAGUGGUGGUGGUAGAUUGAACAAUCAUUAUCAAUUCAAGCAAAAACGUGCUCGUAGACGAGAUGAACAUGGUCAGAUGGUAUACAGCCUUGACCCUGAUCCAAAAGAUAAAGAACGAUAUGCGCAAUUGUAUGAACUUCAAAUCGCUCUUCAGGCACAACAAGGUGGAUCAGCAAAAGUGCUUGAACAAGAAAUGAUUGUACGAUUAUGGAAAAGGAGUAAGUUGGACGCACGAUUCUUGCAAAAGGUGUAUGAUGAAGCAAGUGGUGUAGGUGAAGGUGUUCAUCAGACAGAAUUCGUCAAGGCAAUGGCGGCUAUCGAUAAGGAAUUGGCUAGAAGGAGAAAGUGAGAGCAAAGGGUAUCGAAUUUCAUUACUGAUUAUGGGACUAUCUGUGAGAGACUGUAUAAUACAAAAAUAAUUAGUCAUAGUAUAUCAUAAAGCUGAAGAGGCAGUGUGUCUACUUUGCUGCAUUUGGAUUCAC